GGCAUGGACAUCUUCAACGUGACUGUAUCAAGGCUCAAAAAUGCUACAAUUGUGGUCGAUCUGGUCAUCUUAGUAGAGACUGUGACUCUCCUCAAGGAUCUAAAGAAGGACAUAUUCGAAGAGAUUGUCCUAAGGUUGGCGCAGAUUAA